GGCGUGUCCAAGGACGUGCUCUACUCCAUCUCCAGCGGCGACCCCGAGGGCUACUUCACGGUGGACCGGACCUCGGGCUCCGUGCGCACGGCGCUGCCCCUGGACCACGAGACGCGGCCCAGCCUGGAGCUGGAGGUGCAGGCGCGGCACGGCUCGCCGCCGGCCUACGCCACCAGCCGCGUGCGCAUCACCGUCUCCGACGUCAACGACAACGCGCCCGUCUUCCUGCCCUCCUCCUCCGAGUCCCUGCUGCUGCCCGAGGUCACCAAGAUGGGCGCGGUCAUCUACCGCGUGCAGGCCACCGACGGCGACUCGGGCCACAACGGGCAGCUCAGCUUCGACCUGGUGUCGGCGGGGGCGGGGAACGGCGGCGGCGGCGGCGGCGGCGGCGGCGGCGGCGGCGGCGCGGGCGACCGGACGUUCGGCGUGGACCGGGGCAGCGGCGAGGUGCGUCUGAUCGGGGCGCUGUCGUACGAGAGCGUCCCGCGCUACGACCUGCAGGUGGUGGCCAAGGACGGCGGCGCGCCCCAGCUGAGCUCCACCUUCACGCUGGUGGUGCACGUGCAGGCGCAGGACGCCCAGGGCCCCAGCUUCGACACGCUGACCUACCGCGUGGAGCUGAGGGAGAACACGCCGCUGCAGACGCGCUUCCUGCAGGUGCGCGCCCUCCACCGGGAGGCGGCCGGGAACGGGGCGGGCGCCUCCUCCUCUUCAUCUUCCUCCUCCUCCUCUUCGUCCCGGACGAUGUCGUACCGCCUGCGACCGGACGGGGACGCGGCCCGCUUCGGCGUGGACCCCGCCAACGGCUGGCUGUUUGUGCGGAGCGCGCUGGACCGCGAGGCCAAGGACAUGUACCUGCUGACGGUGCUGGCCACCUCGGGGGCCCCCCAGGCCGGCCCCGGGGGGGCCCCCGGCCGGACGGGCAGCGCCACGGUGCGGGUGAGCGUGACGGACGAGAACGACAACGCCCCGCGGCUCAGCCAGGAGCUCGCCUUCCUGGCGGUGCGGGAGAACCAGGUGGCGGGGACGGGCUUCGGAAGGGUGGCGGCCACGGACCGCGACGCCGGCCUCAACGCACGCCUCACCUACCGCCUGCUGCACGCCGACCGCCACUUCCAGAUCAACGCGCAGACCGGUGAGGUCAGCACCCGGGUGGCCCUGGACCGGGAGCAGCAGUCCAGCUACCAGCUGAUGGUGGUGGUCCAGGACGGGGGCACGCCCCCCCGCAGCGCCACUGGCGCCGCACACAUCACCGUGCUGGACGAGAACGACCACACCCCCGCCUUCACGCACGCCGCCUCUGACCAGGAGAUGCUCCUUCAGGUGAUGGAAGGCCUCCCGUCUGGGUCCCUCCUGGGGACACUCAGCGCUAAGGAUCCGGACGAGGGAGAGAACGGCACCAUCUUCUACUCUCUGUCCGGAGUCAGAGCCGAGCGCUUCUCUCUGAACCCGACCACGGCGGAGCUCCGCACGGCGUCCCCGCUGACGGCGUCCGACCGGUCGGAGUACGCCUUCACCGUGACCGCCAGUGACCACGGCGACCCCGGCCUCAGCGCCUCCUGCGAGCUCCGCGUCCAGGUCCUCGGCAUCACCCGAUCCUCACCCACCAAGAACAACCUCGUCUCCAUGACCAUCACGGCGACCGAAGGCGCCGCCCCGGGCUCCGUGAUCGGCUCGCUGCGCCCCUCCGACCCCCAGGGAGCCUCCCCGUUGGACGGCGGCCAGGCCCAGGUGACCUACCUGGUGGUGGGCGGGUCGGACCGGCAGGGCACCUUCAUGGUGGACCGGCUGAAGGGCGACGUGGUGCUGGUGCGGGAGCUGGACUACGAGGAGGGCUCGCGCUACACCCUGACGGUGGAGGUGUCGGACUUCUCCCGGGCGUUUCCCAGCAGCCACCUGGUGAGGCUGGACGUCCAGGUGUUGGACAGCAACGACCACGCGCCCGAGUUCACCGAGGACCCCGUCGCCGUGGUGAUCCCGGAGAACGCGGAGCCGGGGGCGUCGGUCUACACCUUCCAGGCGGUGGAUGAGGACGGCAGCGGGCCCAACCGGGAGCUCCGCUACACCCUGGAGCACUGCUGGCCUGCCACCCCCGACCUGCUGUCGCUGCACCCCGUCACGGGGGUCCUGACCCUGGCCCAGAGGCUGGACCACGAGGCCACGCCCGCCCUCUACCUGGUGGUCCGGGCCACGGACCAGGCCCUGGACCCCGCGCUGCGGCGCUGGGGGUCCGUCACGGCCCGCGUGUUCGUCACCGACGUCAACGACAACGCCCCCGCCUUCAGCUCGCCGUCGGUGGUCAGCGUCAUGGAGGACCAGCCCGUCGGGUUUGUCAUCGUGUUUGUGAUGGCCCGGGACGAAGACGAAGGGGAGAACGGUCGGGUUUCGUACCGCAUCCAGACGGGGAACUCAGCCGGGCGCUUCAGUCUCAACCCCAACACUGGCUCGCUCUCCAUCCUCAAGGCCCUGGACCGGGAGGAGCAGGAGGUGUUCAACCUGACGGUGGUGGCCGAGGACCACGGGAGCCCCCCGCUCUCCACCCACCAGCUGCUCUGCGUUCAGGUCAUCGACGUCAACGACGAGGCGCCCACCUUCCAGUGGGCGGAGUUCGAGAGCCAGGUGAUGGAGAACCGCGGCCCGGGCACCACCGUGCUGACGGUCAGCGCCUCCGACCGCGACCAAGGGUCCAACGGUCAUGUGACCUACGGGGGCGUGACCGAGGAAGGCUUUGUGAUAAACCCGGUCACCGGUGUCAUCACCACCACCCGGGAGCUGGACAGAGAGGCGCAGGACCGCUACACGCUAACAGUGUACGCCAGGGACGGUGGUCUUCCCGCCCGCUUUGCCAAGGCGGUGGUGCGGGUGGAGGUGACGGACGAGAACGACAACGCGCCCGUGUUCGGGAAGCCCUGGUACAGCCUGGAGGUGCCGGAGAACCAGGAGGCCGUGGAGCUCUGCUUCCUCAAGGCCACCGACCCGGACUCAGGGCCCAGCGGAACCCUGCUGUACCGCAUCAGGGCCGGGGACCCUGAAGGCAUGUUCCGGAUCCACGCCGGCUCCGGGGCCCUGUCUACCUCGCAGCCUCUGGACCGGGAGGCCACAGAGCGGUACUCCCUGGAGGUGGUCGCCGUGGACACCGGGAGCCCCGCCCUCAGCACCACGGUGAUGGUGGAGGUGAACGUGAUGGACAUCAACGACAACAGCCCCGUGUUCGGCAGCAGCAGCUACUCGGUGGACGUGUCGGAGGACGCCACCCAUGGGGCCUCCGUCCUGCAGGUGACGGCCACGGAUGCGGACGACGCCCUGAACGGCCGGCUGCUGUACUUCCUGAGCGCCGACGCGCACGGUGCCUUCGCCGUGGACGAGCACUCGGGCCUCAUCACCACCUCCGCCCCGCUGGACCGGGAGAAGCACCCGUCCUACACCUUCCUGGUGAUCGCCGUCGACCUCUCGCCCGCCGCCCCCAGGAACAGCUCGGCUCAGGUGUCCGUCACGGUGCUGGACGUCAACGACAACGCGCCCUUCUUCCUGCAGGACCCCCUCGUGGUGGAGGUGUCCUCGGCCCACGCCCAGCGCGUGCUGGCCACCAUGAAGGCCGAGGACCGGGACUUCGGGGCCAACGGCUCCGUGUUCUACCGCUUCGCCAUGCCCGUGCGGGGCUUCAGCAUCAACUCCCUGACCGGGGAGAUCCAGGCCACCGGGCCGCUGGGCGCGCCGGGCCAGGCGCAGACCACCCUGAUCGUGGAGGCCAUGGACCAGGGCAACCCGGCGCAGUCCACCCAGGGCGUGGUGGUGAUCUACGUCCGCGAGCUGGAGUACAACGGCAUCCGCUUCUCCCGGAACGCCCGUGACGUCAACCUGCAGGAGAACGCCGUGCAAGGCACGGCGGUGGCCCGGCCCCAGGCCCAGUUCCCCGACGGCUCCCGCCAGGGGAUCAGCUACAGCCUCUUCAGCGGCAACCGGAGACGCGUGUUCAGCAUCAGCUCCUCCACAGGCGAGAUCCUGGUGGAGAGCCCCCUGGGGCUGGACUUCGAGGACAGCCCGCGCCUCCGUCUGGUGGUGAAGGCAGAGACCGUGACCUCCACCACCUUCAUGGCGGUCAACCUGAUCCUGCAGGACAUCAAUGACAACCUGCCCCGCUUCCAGCUGCAGAACUACGUGGCCUACAUGAGGGAGGCCCAGGGAUACGAGACGCCCAUCAUUCAGGUAAUGGCGGAGGACAUGGACCAGGGUCAGAACGGUCAGGUGACCUACUCCAUCCAAUCGUCGACCAUGAGCGGCCUGUUCAAGAUCGACCCAGUGAGCGGGAGCAUCUCCACCGCUGCCAUCAUGGACCGUGAGAUCUGGACGCAGACCAAGCUGGUUAUCACGGCAACCGACAGAGGCAGUCCCCGGUUGGCGGGGUCGGCCACCCUGACCGUGAUCAUCGUGGAUCAGAACGAUAACAGUCCCACCAUUCCGCUGCCCUCGGAGAUCCGAAUUCCCGAGAACACCCUGAUCGGCACGGAGGUCACCCUGGUGACGGGGAACGACGUGGACUCCAGCCCCGAGCUGUCGUACUCCCUGAGCCUGGAGCCCUCCGCGGCGGGCCGCUUUAGCAUCCACCGCUACGGCGGCGGGGUCUCGCUGACCGGGCCCCUGGACUUCGAGGAGAAGACCUGGUACACGGUGACGGUGCGCGCCACCGACACCAAGCACCACACGGAGGCCAACGUCACCAUCCGGGUGGAGGACGUCAACGACAACGCCCCCGCCUUCACCCAGGACCUCUACCAGGUGACCCUUCCUGAACACACGCCACCAGGAAGUCCUGUUGUCACGGUGACGGCCCACCGACCGGGACUCGGGGGAGAAUGGAAAGUCACGUACCGCCUGAUGUCAUCCCACCCAGGAGGGCUUCCUCAUCGACCCAAAUAACGGCACCCUGUCCAUCAGCCAGCGGGCGGAGUUCGACCCCGAGCGGCCCUCGGUGAACAUCGUGAUCGAGGCGCGCGACGGCGGGGAGCCCGCCCUCUCCUCCCUCACCACCGUCCAGGUCCAGAUCGCCGACGUCAACGACAACGCGCCCGUCUUCCACCAGUCCGACUACAGGGCCACGGUGGCAGAGGACACCAUCGCCGGGGCGACCAUCCUGACCCUGGAGGCGUUCGACAGCGACCUCGCCCGGGAGAACUGCGGAUUCGACUUCGCCAUCGCCAACGGCAACGAGGGGAUCGCCUUCCAGAUCGAGAGCAGCGUCCGCUUCCUGGAGGGGCGGGGCUUCCAGACGGUGGGCACGCUGCUGUUGGCCGAGGGCCUGGACUUUGAGACCACGCCCCUCUACAACCUCACCGUGGUGGUGUCGGAC